GAGGACCUAGAAGGCUACAUGUGGCCUACAGAGUGAAGGUUCCCCACUCUUGGUCUAGACCAUCUCCACUUUAGCCUUUAUCCCAGUUGUACCUUGUAGCAUGCUUGUAUACAUGCCUUGUACCCCCAUUACAUUGCAAGCUCCUUAAGGGUAGAGAUUGCAUUGUUUUUCAUCUUUACCUAGUCUCUAACACAGUUGCCCCCCAUUAGAGAGGCUUGAUCACUCAAUCAAACAUUUAUUAUGCACCUAAGCAACAGAGAUACAAAAAGAGGCAAAAGACAGUCUCUUCCCUCAGAGAGCUUACAGUCUCAUGGGGGAGGCAAGAUGCACACAAGUAUCUACAAAGGGAGCAAUAUGCAGGGAAGUAAGGGGAGGCACUAGAAUUAAGAGGGUUAGGGAAGGCUUCCUGUCGAAGUGAGAUUGUAGCUGGGAUUGUGCAAAUUUUGGUUUGGAUCUGAAAGUGCUUUCAUUGGGAUGUAGAGAUUAACAGGCAGUUUUCCUCCGUCCAUGCAAAUCAGUGACUCCUCAGAAAUUUAGAGUCUUUAAAAGAGUUGCUUGAAACACCGAAAGAUUCAGUAAUAGCCCUGGUUACCCAGAUUGUCUUGUCUUUCAUCUUGAUUCCUAUACUGUAAGUGGUAGGCAGUGUUUACUUAAUUGAAUUGAGUGGUAUUCACAAAGAUGCCUACUGUGCUCCGGGACUCCAGAAAUAGAAACCUGGAGGACAUAAUGUAUGGUUCUUUGGAAUGAAGCACAUUGCCCUUUCCAGUCAAUAGGCAGUUAAUUAACUGAAGUUUAGUUUUCUGAAUCCAAUUCCAGGGAGACUCGUAUGCUAUAUCCAGGGACACAGCUCUUAGAUGCUACAUCCUGUGAUUUUCUGACAGGUCGAUACAUUGCUUCCCGUCAUAACUAGUUAGGAUGUGUAGAGCUAUAGUUAAUUGGUGAAGUUGCUAGUUUUGGCCUCCCCCACUUCUACCCUUUGCUUCAAAAAACUCAGGAGACGCCAGUUUUGAAAAAUAACAUCCUUAACCUAUCAGUGAAAUAGUGCUUUAAAGUGUACAAAGCACUUUACCUAUAUUGUCUCAUCUGAGCCAUACAACAGCCCUGUGAGGUAGAUGGUUACUCAUUUGUUGCCAAUACUGAAGAAAAGGGGGAGAGGUCACAAUCUCAUCUGUAAAAUGAGGGUAGUAUUUGAUAUAUUAUCUGAUCUCUAUCUUAUGGGGAAAGUAAUUUGUAAACUGAUAACUGAUACAAAUGUGAGUUUGUGAACAAGGUACAAUAGUUUAAAUCAGCAGGUCCUGCUCAUGAGACGAUGUGAUUUUUGCCAUCUGUGACAUUUCUUUAAGUGUUAUCUGCCCAUAGGAAUACCAGGUUUGUGGAAUGAUGGUGUCAAGCUCAAAUAGAAAGCCACUAAACCAUACAUGAGGAUCCACUGAGCUGUAUAUUGACUUUGAAUGCCACAUAUUUACAGAAUCUAUGUUGUAUUGUAUUUUUAUUUAUUUUGUUAACUAUUUCCCAAUUACAUUUUAAUCUGAUUUGUCUGCAGUAUCGUGGGAGCUUUGUGUUUGAAAGAUCCAUACAUGUAGGUACAGUGUGAUAGAAAAGGAAGCCUGUUUUGGUUGGAGCUGACUGCACAAAUUUCUGCUGAAAGUGUCUAGGUAUUUGUCCUUACUCCUUUUCUUCUCUGCUUUCCAUUUUCCAGGGUAAUCAGUCAGAUCUUAUCCAGGUUGGUGUAGGGGCUUCUGCUCAGGUCAUGUGGGCUGCAGAUGAAAUCGCCCGUCUGUGCUACACUCACUAUGGCACUAGGCUGCCCAAGCAGGGGAAGCCUGAGCCAGACCGAGAGUGGACCUUGCUGGCAGCUGUGGUUAAGGUGAAUUCUGCAGCAGAAGGCUCUCAUGACCCCCGUGACAAAUCCUUACCAGGAGACAUCCUUAAUGACAGUCAUGCUGAGGUCAUAGCCAAGAGAAGUUUCCAGAGGUACCUGUUCCAUCAGCUCAGGACUGCAGUCAGCUUGCAACAGGACAGCAUCUUUAUGCCGGGAACCAAGACAGGGAUGUGGAAGCUCAAACCGGACUUGCAUUUUGUGUUUUUUUCUAGCCACACUCCAUGUGGGGAUGCCUCCAUCAUCCCAGUGCUGGAGCUUGAAGAUCAGCCUUGCUCUCCAGUCGGCCAGUCAGCAGAGGCCAUUAGUGACCCUGUGGUACUAGAAAAUAAAAGGAAAUGUGAAGAAAUCCCUGCCCACCCUAUAACUAAGAGGAUGAGGACAGAGCCCAGGGACCUUCCCAGGGAGAUCCCCAGUGAUACAGCCAUGCAUUACUCUACUGGGAAAGAAGGAAGCUUACAAAUACCCCCAGAUUCCAGCAAUUCCAGCCCUCCAGCAAAUGGACCAGCAGCUACUCAGGGGACUGUCCCAGUUGGUGCUAAAGUAGUGGAUAUUUAUAGAACUGGAGCAAAAUGUGUGCCAGGGGGAGCCGGAGAUGCUCAGAAGCCUGGUGUCGAAUAUCACCAGGUGGGAUUACUCCGAGUGAAGCCAGGCCGAGGAGACCGGACCUGCUCUAUGUCCUGUAGUGAUAAGCUAGCGAGAUGGAACGUGCUUGGGUGCCAGGGUGCCCUGCUGAUGCACUUCCUAGAGGAGCCCAUCUACCUAGCAGCUCUGGUUGUCGGAAAAUGCCCGUACAGUCCUGAGGCCAUGAAGAGAGCCGUGAUUGGCAGGUGUCAGCAUGUGUCCAGUUUGCCCAGAGGCUUCCAAGUGCAAGAGCUGAAAAUGCUUCAGUCAAAUCUGCUGUUUGAACACAGCCGCUGUGCAGUUCAGGCAAAGAGAGCUAACUGCCCAGGGAAAGUUGUUCCUUGUGGGGCUGCCAUAGGUUGGAGUGCAGUCCCAGAACAGCCUGUCGAUGUGAGCUGCAGUGGUUUCAGGCAAGGAGCUACGAAGAAGAGUGUUGGCAGCCUUCAAGCCAGAUCCAAAGUCUGUAAGGUGGAACUCUUCAACAUGUUCCUGAAUCUGGUGAGCAGUAUUUCUGAGAACAAGCGACCUGAAUCUCUCAGGGUCAAGAAACUGGAAACAUACUGGGAAUACAAGGAGGCAGCAGCUAGCUAUCAAGAGGCCUGGAAGACACUUCGGAAGCAGGCAUUUGGCUCCUGGAUCAGAAAUUCCCCAGAUUACCAGCAGUUUAAAUGAGAAGACCAAAUCUGACAAACCCACUAGAGACAGGAGGCUUUCCAACCUGUGUCCCGCUCAUUCAUAUCGGACAAAUCUCAGCUUUUCUGUUAGGUAAGCAAAAGCAAAGCUUUUGCCAAAGGAUCUUAAAAUGUUUAGACUAUGCAGAUGUUCAUUCUGGAACACAGAGCCAAUUAGGACUGAUUGGAAUUAAGCUCUGUAGUAAAAUGACAUCUUGAUAAGAUGUGAUGUGUUUUUUCAAAUGACUGUCUGGCAUCUGUCACAUGUUGUGAUGGGGUCUUAGACACUAUCCCUCCCCCAAAAAAAAAUUUAAAUAAACGUGUUCAAGAGAU